AUGGCCAAGAAACCUAAGCGUGCGACGAAGGCCGCCAGUAUUGCACCUCCCCGACCCGUGACAAGCCCAUACACAAGCCCAAGUGUCACCUUGCACUUUGGUCCUACUCUCCAGGAAUAUCAUCUACCAGAUGUCCUGCUGCAAAAGUUGGAGAAAAUUCCAAGUCGUGAUCCUUGGACAGGGAAGAUCCACCUCGCAGAUGUUGAUGCGAGUAUUGGUCACGUCUUGAUUCACUUCCUGCACACAGGUGUGUAUCAGACUCUCAAGGACGAAGGUGUGGAGACCACCGGGAACACACAGCAAGAUAUCGUCCUCUAUGAAUUCCAAACAGCUCUCCUUGUACUUGAGGCCGCUAAGAAGUACGGCGUCCCUGGUCUCCAGGACUUAGCGCAAAUCGAGCUGGAGCGAAGAGGCAAGGACAUGUGUCUACGUGAUGCUGUGCGCGUUAUUCGAGAGGACCUCAUUGUAGGCCCUUCUAGCGAACAUGCGUGGCUUCGAGACUACAUUGCGAUGAAAGUUCGAUCGGCCUUCGAACACGACACCUCCGCGAUUUUGGCACCAGACUUCUUCGACAGCAUCGGAAGCCCUACGUUGACGAAGUGGGUCGCUCAAAUUAUCGUUGGUCUAUACAGCGAAGAAGUAAACACCUUGCGCAGAGAAAAGACUGCAGCCGUUCGAAUCCCAGCACCUGGACAUGACGAACUUCAAGGGCCUUGUUCGCCUGACAUAGCAGCCUUGCCUUCCAAGCGAACAUCUGAGGGUCCUAACGGAUGGCCUACGUCUGUACAAAAGUUCGGAGCUUUCGAUGACUCAUCAGCUGCCUGGGGUCCUCAUGAUCUGGCUCAGGACGGGAGUAGCAGUCAGGAGGCUGAUGCGCCUGCAGCCUUACCUUCAGGCAUCGAGGAAGACAGUCACGCGACCGAGAGAGAGGACUUCGAGUCAUGGGGAUCAGACAAAGACAAAGUUGAGACUCAGCACAUGCAAGCCGAGCAGGCAACCAUUGCGCAAUCUCAGGAGGGGGAUGAUGCCGCCGAUAACUCUACCGUCACCAAAGAUGAGGAAGACGGAGCAGGUGAUGAACCGCUGUGGAGUAGCUUGGGUAGUCUUGCAAAGAAGAAAAAGAAGUCCAGGGUGAAUACGGGCUGGUCUACCCCUCCUGUGUGGCCACCUCACCUCCAGCUCGAGGUCGAUCCAACAUUAGUCAUUCUUGAUGUCGACACUGAUGCUCCAGUUGUAUCGGCUGGACAGGAACAUCCAGAGACGGAGAAAGAUUCUUACGCAGGACUUGGUAUGUCAAAAAGGAAGAAAUUGAAGGCCAAGUUGGAUAAAGAGGCGAAGUUGAAGGAAGAGGAAGAUGCGAAGCGUCAGAAAGAGGAGGAAGAGGCUGCUGAGAUCAGACGACAGGAAGAAGAAGAGGCAGAAUGGAUACGCCUAGAAGAGGAAGAAGCCGAGUUGAGGAGGAUGGAGGAAGAGGAAGCUGCCGCAGCCGCCGCAGCAGAAGCCGAAGCCGAGUUGGAGAGGAUGAAGAGGAUGGAGGAAGAACGGAUGCGCCUAGAAGAGGAGGAAGCCGAGUUGAAGAGCAUGGAGGAAGAGGAAGCUGCCGCCGCCGCCGCCGCAGAAGCCGAGAAGUGCAAGAAGAUGGAAGAGAAAGAAGCGAAUCCCUGGACUGAGUUUCCUGUAGCUCCACUUAAGAAAACGAAGAAGAAGAAGAGUAAGGAAUCAGAACUAACCACUAAGAAGAAGAAGAAGUCCAGGAAACCAGAAGUUAUACGCCUAGUAGAAGAUGAAGAGAACAAAGAAAUCCGCCGGGAAAGAGAUAACGUUGCUGCCGCUGCUACUACAACUGAUCUGAGCGUUGUCGACUCAGCAGGUGCUACAUUUGGUGACGAUGACUGUAGACUGCGUGUGGAGCAUCUAUCACAGAAUUUUGGGUGGCAGGACUGCGAACCAUGCCAACUCUACAUACAGAAGAUUGCCAUGAAGCUUCACUCAGAGGGGCUACCGAUCGAAGAUGGGUUCAAUACGAUCAAUUGA